ACACAUUAUCAAGAAACAAAUUUAGGCAUCAGGAGCAUGGCGGCUCUCAUGAUUACUUGAAAUGUCAAAUCGCUGAUCGAAAUUCCUUGCAAACCGUUGUUAAUAAUAACGACAAGUAUCACCAGGUGAAUAAACAUAUCGGGUGUAACGUAUCCUUGGAAUAAUUUCAACGUCACGACGUUGAAUAAUUAUCUUUCCAAGAUACGCGAGAGAAUUAUAACCUCUAACAAUGGAUGAAACAUAUUUCGACGAAGGACCAGCGGGAAAUUUUGAAACAGCCACCCUAGAAAUCUCCAAGGAUUUAGAUGGAAAUGAACAGAAUAAUUCGACCCCCGUGUCUGGCGAUGUCAACGUUGCAAGGAAAAAUACAGAAAACCAAGGGAAUAGUGUGAAUCAAGUUCCAGCAUCAAGGGAUGUUUCUACUAUUCCAUUUAAACAUAUAGAUUUUCACUCGUUCUUUACUGAUAGGAAUGAAGUCGUGGAAAAAGCUCUGAAAGAUUGUCAGGAGAGUUUGAUAAAUGAAGAAGAAAAGGAUAUAGUUGGAAGUUGGCUUCUAACAGAAAUAAGUCUGUGGGAUACUGAAAAGGAGAGACUAGUUCUACUUACUUGGAAAGCUAUUUAUUCAGUAAAAUAUGAUUUUAUUUCCUUAAAGAUACUGGAGUAUAAUCGAAUACCUUUAUCACAAAUCGAUACAGUGGUUUUUGGUGAACUGAUCUAUCCACCUUCGUCUUUAGCUCCACGAUUAAGUGGAUUGGCAGAGGGUGUGUCUUCAAUAUUUCAUUGUGCAGUUCGUCAAGACUGGUCUUCACUUACCUCUUGUACUGGUCUUGCACAAUUUGAACCUAGAAAACGAUCUAUAUCUGGCGUGAGACUGAUGUGGAAUAAGGGAGAUCCCUUACCAUUAGGUAAGAAGUGGAAUCCGUUUGCAAAAGAUAUACCAUGGCUAACAUAUUCCAAUCAUCCGUUAUUUUGGUACAAAGGAUCAGAUAUAGAAAAAGCAAAGUUUGACGUUGAGGGUUUGCAUGCAACAAUUCUAAAUGUAUUGCCCGUGGAAUGUAACAUUAGAACUGGAUCCAUUAUCAUAGAAAAUUACUUUGGUUUAGGUGCAUUAGUACACAACAGAAAUGGACUGGGCUUUUUCAAAAUACGGGGUAAAAUCAGCUUUUGAGGAGAGCAUUUGCAAAUAAGAAACAUCUUUUUCUUUGAACUUUCAUAAAUAUUCCUAUUUCAAUUCUUAAAGUCUAUGUAUACUAAAAUUUUACGUAUUUCUAAAAUUUACUAUACUUAUAAGAAAAAAAAAUAUCAAAAUUUCUAGUGAUAUGUAAGCAAAAUUUACAGCUAAUCUGUUCUAUUGUCGUCAGACUUUCAAAUUGUAUCAAACCAACCCAGUAUAUGUUCUCGAUUAUAUCAAUUGAAUUGUACAUUUCUCUCUCUAUAUAUUUUAAAUAAUUGUAUUCUGUAUAUGAAUUUUUACUCUGUACCUGGCUGAUAGGAAAGUUACAAUAAGUAUAUAAAUAUAUGUAUAUCGUAUUAGAAUAAUUGACACACCUUUACUGUGUAAAAUUAAGUUUUAUAAUUCUACAUUAUGAAAGUUACGAUUAGUGUUGCUUAUAAUAAUAAAUAAAAAUUCUAAAACUAUUAAAAAUUUAAUAAUAAUCUGUAUUAAUAAAUACACUAAACACUGUAGAAUUGUUUACCAUCCGGAAACAAAGUUACAAAUUUAAAUGUUGACUCUGGGA